AUGGAGUAGGAUUUAAAAGGAGCAACAAUCUAAUCUCUGUAAACUACUGAUGAUACUGCAAGGACUAAGCGCCCUUAUAAUAAAAUUUCUUCAGAAUUACGUGCUCAAAUUUUACAUGCUUUAACAGUUGAUAAAAUACCUCUUUCUGAAGUAGUAUCUAAAAAUCAGCUUAGGUGGCUUAGAAAUAUCAGACUAAACCUUGUACAUGCAAAGCAAUUUUACUUACUUAUGAAUUGGAAGGAAGAUGUGAAAAGAAAACUUCUAGAAGAGAAAGAGUUGAAAUAGAAUCAAAAAUUAGAAUUGUUAUUUUAGACCCUUUAGGAAAUAAGCAUUCAACUUAUGAAAAUGCCAAAUUUUCAAAAGUAUGUACUUUAUAUUUCAUUAAUAAAAAUAGCUAUAUACAGAAGAUAAAGAACUAAGUCUGACUGAAGAAUUCAAUAUUUAGAAAAAAGUUGUCCAAGAAGUUAGUCAACAAUUAGGAGAAUUAUAAACAAGUUGUUAUCAUUUACAAUCUCAACAGAAUUAGACUCAAAAUGAUGAACAUGCUCCUGAUAAUAUUUUAAGAGGCUUAAAUAUGGGAUUACAUUUAGUGACAUCCAAAAUUAGAGAAGGAUAAAUUUCAUUUAAUAAGAAAACUAACAAAGAAAUCAAAGAAAUUAAUAAGUAAAUCAUUCAAGUUAAUAAUUAUAAUAAUAAUAAUAUUAAGAGUGAAAUACCAUUUUAAAUUAAUUAUACCUAAAUUUAGUAAUUUUUGAAGAGUGUUGAAACUAAAUCAGAAAGCAAUCCAUAUAUUAUAGAUUAAUUGAAUCAAUUAACAAAUCAAACUAUUUUAUAGAUGAAACUAAUCUAAAAGAUUCAGCAAAGGGACUCUUAAAUAAGACAAUUUCAAUAAAAAGUUAGUACAAUUAUUAGGAAAUGUUUUGAAUGCCAAUCUUGA